AUGACAGCCUCGCAGCCUCCCUUCGCCUAUCAUUCACUCCAUGAGGAAACGCACGAGAUUCGGCUGCUCCAAUUGCUACCGAGAGCCGAUGAAAAGGAAGGGGAAAAUGUCGUCGGGGAGAUUCAUUGCGAAUUACUGCGCGUCGAGUAUCUCGAAUCCCCUUCAGAUCAAGCUAUCGACUCUCAACAUGGCUGGGGCACCUUCGCCGCUCUAUCAUACGUAUGGGGCUCCUCUACCCUGCCGAAACGACACAUCUACAUCUCUGGGGUGAAGUUUGAGGUCACGCUCAAUCUUCACAACGCUCUUACGAGGCUGCUCAGGUUCAUGCGAGAGGAUGAAAAGUUUCCCCGUCGGAUUUGGGUGGACGCGGUGUGUAUCGACCAGAGUAAUUUCGAUGAGCGAAAUAAGCAGGUUCUGCGGAUGAGAUAUAUCUAUGGUGCUGCGAGCGUUGUUGUCUGUGCCCUGCCACCAGAGUGGUGCCUGACUGAUACGGGAGAGGCGAGGGCAAGAGUCAUGGGCUGGGAUGCUGGCGUCAGUAUGCUGCGCCUUCUAGCCGGAGCACAGUCAGACGUUGGGCGAGAGGCGUUCGCAGAGCACUUGCGAUCUGGAGUCGUGCAAUACAGUGCCGAGCGCUGGGCUUCUCUGUUCAACUUCUUCGCCAACCCCUAUUGGACUCGACUAUGGAUCAUCCAGGAGAUCGCUUUGGCGUCGCGGGACAUCAUGAUCUUAGCUGGGACGAACUCUAUGCCUUGGAACACGGUCUCCAGUGUUGCUGCGCUAUUCCGGAGCCUGCCAUACACGAUUCGAGAAACAUUAGUAGCGUCUGUGAGAGCCUCUGGGAGAGCAAUGGCCCCUUUUUCGUCCAAUCUCGACAAGAUUGUGGAUAUUCAGAAACUGGUAGCAGAUCGUGUGCAAGAAAACAAGUACGCCCAACCCUCGACGAUACUUCGCCUGGCUAGAAAGGCUCAGGCGACGAAUGCGAGAGAUAAGGUGUACGGCUUGCUCAGCUUGAUCGAUCCCUCCCUCUCCCAACCGAUACACGUGGACUACAGGAAAACUGCGGGUACUGUCUGGACGGAAUUCGCUUCUGUAGCCAUAGAGAUGACAGGCAGUCUUCAGAUUCUACGUCAUUGUUCCCAGCCUGACCAUAAUCGAGCACGAGACGCUCCCUCUUGGGCUCCUGAUCUGGGAAACGGCAAUGUAGCUCUGCCGUUUGGAAAGGUGCGAAUCAUACAAAUUCAUAUUCGAGAGGCAUCUGAUCCAUGGAUCGAUGGUAAGGUCCUGAACGUCUCUGGAGUGCGCCUUGACACGAUCGACUCCGUGAGCUCUGUGCGCCGCGAAUUCGACGACUUGUUUCUCAACAGGGACACGGAAAGGGGCAUCGUUCAGUCCUCGGCCACGACAAAAAAGGCUACAAAGCAAUAUGAACGGAGUAUCAAGGAUCUCUAUCGAGAGCUCGCCGCGACAUUUCUAUCAGGCAGUGCAAGCUCAUCGGCAUUCUACUUAAACCCAGAGCUGCCUCCUAUGGGAUGGCUCAAGCGCAACAAAGGCACUUCGCGAAGCGUCGAUCGAGUGGUCUCGUUCCUUGAACAGAAUGGCGAACUUCCACUUCCUGGAGGUUACCUUCUCAGGGAUGUACUGGAGCAAUUUCCUCAUUCGACGAAGGGCACAGACGGCCACGGAGAGCAGCGAAAAGCUCCAAGCGACGAUGAAUGGUAUCUGCAACUCGUCGACUAUAUCGACUCCAUCUUGAAUUAUAGGAGGCUCGCGGUAACCACCAAAGGCCACAUAUCGCUCGUUCCGUGCGACACGAGGCCAGACGAUCAUGUCUACGCAUUAGGUGCAUACAGCGGUCUGGGUAUCUUGAGGAAGCAAAAUGAGAUGUGGCGAUGGGUCGGCAGUUGCUACGUUCACAGUCUGGCCCACGACGACCAUGAUCCGGAUUGGAGCGUCGAAGAGGUAGAGCAUAUUUCGAUCAUCUGA